GGAGGAUGGGACCUCACAACGCAGACAACAACAAAUCUAAACCAUGCACGACACAAAAUAUCUAAAUUUGAAGCACAUGUUUCACGGCGAAAUGACACUGUGUCGUCACGCAUUCGUAUUAAGUAUUCAACAUAAAAUAAACGCUUUAAAUUGCAGACUAGUCAAUCAGAACAACGAUGUUGCCUGUUGGACUGGUGGUUAUAUUGUUUAGCUAGUCCUUGUGAAUUUGUUACUCGCAUGUGGCUAGCUAAUUAGUAAUUUCUGCUUUCCUGAAAAACAAAACUUGAAAUGUCCGCCAUUUUAUCUUCUUGCUGCACCAAGUCAUCGACUGGCAGAGGUGGAGUAAGUCCUGGACAGUGUUCCCGUUCACUCCAUUACCGUGCGGAGUACUCUGGCUCUCCGGGAGAGUGAAAGGAGCGCACCCAUUAUGUCACGCGUACGACUGCAGGUGGCCAUGGCAAACAGUGACGUCAUAACGAAAAGAGCUCUAUGACGUUACAUCAUGUAAUGGUGGUUCUUCACAACCGCUUUCGAUUUUGACGCCUGAUCAUGGACAAUUUCGGAAACUAAUAUUACAAUCUCAAGAUGGAGUGGUUCCAAUAUUAUUUCUCUGGUCUACGUUCGCCACAACCCGUGGAACGUUCGAAACACAAGGUUACCGAAAUGCUGGCUUUUUUCGCAUUCGAAGGCGAUGGGACUCAUCCGCACACUGAAGCCACUGUUAUGUUUCUCACUGCCUGUCUUCUUUUAGUAUUUCCCACCCUGAAGCGGAUAUGCACCAAACGAUUUCUGAGAAAACUCGGUCUACUAGUUUUUGUUUCUUGCAGUUUAACUGUUCUGGCAGCGGUAUUGGUUAUGCCCUCAGCUAUCCAGGCAAACGAUUUGUUCCUCUUCAUGGCAACUAAGUGUCUGCGAUUCCUGCAGGAAAUAAACCAGCAAUGGAAGCCGGCAAUCGCAGUCCUAAUCAUGGUCUUGGUCAACAUAGCCUGCGCGCGCAUCGUCGAGGCUGGCGCGCGCAUCGUCGAGGAUGGCGCGGUUAAAACGCGGACCUUCGUCAGUGGCUUAAUGAAAAAGAAAAUAUUGGUGAAGCGAAAUGCCUGUGGAAAUGUCCGUGUGUUGAAUACUGAUGUCAAAGUCACACGCAGUGGCACUGUUUACGGAUCGAGACCAUAUGAAGAUAUCUGAGAUGGGGAAAGAAAGAAGAGAAACUGUUCAUUCAUUUACAUGUCAUUAUGAUACUACUGUGGGUAUAUAAUAAAGAAUAUAUAAUAUUA